UCUGGUGGAAUGACCCGAGGUCGAGGGAUGGGUGAAAACCAGCGUGCUCAGUGGAUCAUGUCAAUGCCAGCCUGUGCAAAGUUAAAAGUUACAUUGCAAGAUUUAACAGGUACAGGAUUCCAAACAUCUGACAUCCAUAAAGGAGCAUCAACAGCAAGAAUGUCGAGAGACAAGAAGGACAUCUCCGCAGUUUUAGAGUUCCUAAGACUACGCAAUCCAUUUGAAGGUGACAACACACUGAGAAAUAUCCACACAGGGGAAAUAGCUCACAAGUCUGUCAAUGCUGACACUGCGAGAAUUGUUGGAAAGAAAAUCAUUUCAACUUUACCAGGGCAAAAUAUUGUGGACUACACUUUCAAGAAGUCGCAACAGGUAGUGACACUUUCCUCAAAAUGCAAAGCGAAAUUAGAUGGUGACCCAGUAGAUGUAGAUCCACAGCUGUUAUUUCAGCGCUGUACUACUGCUGCAAAUGGAAUGUUUUAAGACCCCUCAGAAAUCUUUAAAUAUGAACUUACCAGUGUUCCAUCUUCCCUCUUUGACGAAGAUGGUUUGCCAAGAGAGGCAAAUAAAUCAGCACUUGCAGAUGCCUUGUGGAACACUGUCCAUUGCAGUGCAGCUGAUGGCGAAAUUAAAGAACCUGACUACAUAUUGGAUGGCGGUUCUUUAUUGCAUAAGAUUCCAUGGAAUAGAGGUGACUCAUUCAAAUCAAUUUGCAAAGCAUGCACCGACUAUGUAAACCGAAGAUAUGGAGCUGCUGCUGUGGUUGUGUUUGAUGGCUAUCAAAACCAGCCAUCUACC